GGAGUAUAUAAAAUAAUUUUGUGAACCAUAUGUAUCGUAUUGAGAUUAGGAAAUGUAGAAUUAUUUCAUUUUUUGUGAUUUGAAUUCUGGCGCUCAGUAUACUUGGAACUAGUCCAUCUUUACAACCUUCCUUUCCUAAUUUAACCUGCUCGAAACUUCAGCAAUAUUGGCUAUUCUCUACUUAAUUUUCGAGGAUGGCUCUUUUGAUAAAGCAACUUUCCCGUCAUGGAAGGAGGGGAGCAAAACAUUUUAAAGGCCUCACUCCUUCAAUGAAGCCAGUUAUUUGUAAGCUUUCCACCACAGCAGUCAUGAGAUCAGAAGGAGAAUUUAGGAUUGAAUCGGACACCUUUGGUGAACUGAAGGUUCCAGCUGAUAAAUUGUAUGGAGCUCAGACGAUGAGGUCAAUGAUGAAUUUUCCAAUUGGCGAUCACACAGAAAGAAUGCCUUUACCUGUCAUAAAAGCCAUGGGCAUUUUGAAGAAAGCUGCAGCUGAAGUAAAUAAAGAGUAUGGUUUAGAUAGCAAAGUUGCAGAUGCUAUAUCAAAAGCAUGUGAUGAUGUUAUAUCUGGAGACUUAUAUCACGAACAUUUUCCAUUAGUCAUCUGGCAAACGGGAUCUGGUACACAGUCUAAUAUGAAUACCAAUGAGGUUAUCAGCAACCGUGCUAUCCAGAUACUUGGUGGAGAACUAGGAUCUAAGAAACCUGUUCACCCUAAUGAUCAUGUCAACAAAUCUCAGAGCUCUAAUGAUACCUUUCCAACUGCAAUGCACAUUGCAACUGCUAUUGAAAUUCAUUGUGGUCUGCUUCCAAAUCUACAACUUUUUCAUGAUGCAUUGGAAUGCAAGUCCAAAGAAUUUGAAAAAAUCAUUAAAAUUGGAAGAACACAUACUCAGGAUGCUGUGCCCCUUACCCUUGGACAAGAAUUUAGUGGGUACACAACUCAAAUUGCUUAUGGCAUUUGUCGAAUAAAGGAUACUCUUCCAAGGUUAUAUCAACUUGCACUUGGAGGCACAGCAGUCGGUACUGGUCUCAAUACAAGGAUUGGAUUCGCAGAAAAAUCUGCUGCUAAGAUCGCAGAGCUCACUGGACUGCCAUUUGUGACUGCUCCAAACAAGUUUGAGGCCUUAGCAGCCCAUGAUGCCAUGGUUGAGGUAUCGGGUGCUUUGAAUACCGUUGCUGUCAGUGUCAUGAAGGUCGCUAAUGAUAUUAGAUUCCUCGCUUCAGGCCCCCGUUGUGGACUUGGAGAGCUGAUCCUUCCUGAAAAUGAACCAGGAUCCAGUAUCAUGCCUGGAAAAGUAAAUCCAACACAAUGUGAAGCAAUCACUAUGGUUGCUGCUCAGGUUAUGGGAAACCACGUUGCUGUUUCUAUCGGAGGUUCAAAUGGGCACUUUGAACUCAACGUAUUCAAACCAGUGAUGGUUGCCAAUGUUUUGAGGUCUAUCAGAUUGCUUGGAGAUUCUUGUAAAUCAUUUACAGAGAACUGCGUAAUUGGCAUUAAAGCUAAUACUGAAAGAAUUGACAAAUUGUUGCAUGAAUCUCUUAUGUUGGUCACAGCCCUUAAUCCUCAUAUCGGUUACGAUAAGGCUGCCAAAAUCGCCAAAACUGCCCAUAAAGAUAAGUCCACUCUCAAGGAAACAGCAAUCAAACUUAAAAUUCUCACUGCAGAAGAGUUUGAUAAAUAUGUAAAACCCGAGGAAAUGCUUGGACCAAAAUAAUUUUAUAAUUAUUUAUUUGGCUUCUGGUAUAUUUUCUAAAUACAGUCUGAUUUAUUGUUAAUAGAUGUUAAGUUUAUAUGGUGAAGUGUAAGUUAUGUAAAUAUUAUAUCUAUAUUUUGUAGAUAUGUAUAUGUACUCUGUUUGUGAAGUCAAAAAAUUGUAACUUAAAUUGAAUUAUUUGUUUUUUAUUAUUAUCAGUAUUUUAUAACUUAAAUAAUAAAAUAAUUGUUAUUUUUACUAUAAUCAAUGUUAUGUUAUAUUUCUUCUGUUACCUACCAUACAUUUUUAUUCUCAGUAACUGUUUUAAAAUUUUUUUUCUGGUUCUUUUCUACCUCGCAUUUUAGGCUAUACUGGAUUUUAACAGGCCAGGGGAAUUUAAAAUCCCUUCCAACACCGGGAUUUCAUCUCAUGACUUCGGUUAUCUGGUUGCUGGUCAACUCUUGGUGCUGUGCACACGUGUUAGCCCAUUCAGCCACCCCACACCUAUUCUCACUUACCUAUAUACACUGACAGGC